AUGAACAGCCAACAGCAGACAUACUUAUUGCAAACUAGAGGAAAGGAGAUCUCUCUGAAGGAUUGGGCAAUACUCAAUGAUGAUCUCAAUGUGGAGGAGCUGGAGAAUUGUUGGGUAGCCAAUGCUCUUCCAUUACUGAGAAAGUCCAGAAGUCAGCAUCAACGAGAAGCAUGCAACCGUCUUUCUGGAUAUUCAAAGGAGGCCAGGGCGAAGAUAUUUAGACAUGUGGUCAGCGAACGCCACAAGAUUGACUUUUUACGUCCCUUAGCAACAAAACAAGAGCAAGCAGUUGCUGUUUUGAACACAGAAGAAAUAUUGAGAAACAUCAGAUAUAAGGGAGCAGCAGUAGCCACCAGAAAUGAACGGCCAUUAAAGAAAGAAGCUACGCUGCCAGGUAGGAAGCACCCCCGGCCAGAUGAGGACCUCCCUCUGCAGUCCUCCCAGAGUUUUUCAAAACAGUCAAGGAGAGCAGUACCCGGAAUACUCUCCAAGAUUACUCCGCCACUUUCCGCUGCAUGCCUUCCAGCCUCUCCAUCUCCAUGUUAUGGUUCAGUUGAAAUGACUCUGCUAAAUUUUGAUGAACCCUUGAUAUUAACUGUGCCCGUGGCUGUUGACCCUGUGGUGCUCGCCUCGUCAGUGGUUCUGAAUCUUGCCAUGCCAGUGGUUCUGGAGCUUGUGGUAGUAGCUCUUGCAGCGGUGACUGUUGAAGUCGAUUUCGCACUGACGGAGCUUCUAGUAGCAGCUUUAAAAAAUGUUGCAAUGAUUGGACUUCCCUUGGCUGUGUUAGAUGAAGGCUUGGAUUCCGAUGUAACUGCAUCAUUAAUUGUUGCAAUAUUUGUUCCUCGGACAUCUGGUGACCAUUUGGCUGCUGCUUAA